GGAGUAGGGGCUGCUAAGAGUAUGGGGUUGGGGGUGCCUCUUUCCACUGCUGAAAACCAGGGCUCAUCUUUCCCUCCAAACCUGUCUCUCUUGCUUUAGCUCUUCAGCACCUGUUGCCUUCACUAGCAGCUUUUCCUCCUCCUCUUCCCUGCACUCCCCAGAACCAAAGAAUGUGAAGGGGGUCCAUGGAGGGCUCACGUCCCCGCGCCCCGGGCGGCCACUUAGCGCCCUCGCCGCCCGCCUUCGACGGCGAACUGGAUCUGCAGCGCUACUCCAACGGGCCAGGCGUGAGCGCCGGGUCUCCAGGGAUGGGAGCGGUGGGCUGGUCCGAGAGUCGUGCAGGCGAAAGGCGCUUCCCCUGCCCUGUAUGCGGGAAGCGCUUCCGCUUCAACUCUAUCCUGGCUUUGCACCUGCGGGCGCACCCAGGCGCCCAGGCCUUCCAGUGCCCGCACUGUGGCCACCGUGCAGCGCAGCGUGCCCUGCUACGCUCACAUCUGCGCACGCACCAGCCCGAGCGCCCGCGUAGCCCCGCCGCACGCCUGUUGCUGGAGUUGGAGGAGCGCGCGCUACUGCGCGAGGCCCGGCUGGGGAGAGCCCGAAGCUCAGGGGGCAUGCAGUCCACCCCUGCCACUGAGGGCCUGGCGCGGUCCCAGGCUCCUUCGUCGUCCGCCUUCCGUUGCCCCUUCUGCAAAGGCAAGUUUCGCACCGCGGCGGAGCGCGAACGCCACCUGCACAUCCUGCACAGGCCCUGGAAGUGCGGCCUGUGCAGUUUUGGCUCCAGCCAGGAGGAGGAGCUGCUGCAUCACAGCCUGACGGCCCACGGAGCUCCUGAGCGCCCCCUGGCGGCCAGCUCGGCCGCACCCCAGCCUCAGCCUCCACCCCAACCUGAACCCAGAUCAGUCCCAGAGUCUGAGCCGGAGCCUGAACGUGAGGCAGCCCCCGCCCCCGCUCCUGCCGCUCCCGAGGAGCCCCCCGCGCCCCCGGAGUUCCGCUGUCAAGUGUGUGGCCAGAGCUUUACGCAGUCCUGGUUUCUGAAGGGCCACAUGCGCAAGCACAAGGCCUCCUUCGAUCAUGCGUGUCCCGUGUGUGGCCGCUGCUUCAAGGAGCCCUGGUUCCUUAAGAACCACAUGAAGGUGCACGCCAGCAAGCUGGGCCCGCUGCGUGCCCCGGGGCCUGGUUCCGGGGCUGCCCGGGCCCCCCAGCCUCCUGACCUGGGCCUGCUGGCCUAUGAGCCGCUGGGCCCCGCGCUCCUCUUGGCCCCGGCGCCCACUCCCGCUGAGCGCCGUGAGCCUCCGAGCCUCCUGGGCUACCUGAGCCUGCGAGCGGGCGAGGCCCGGCCCAAUGGUGAGGGUGCCGAGCCUGGGGCUGGCCGCAGCUUCGGAAGCUUCCGCCCACUGCCCUCCGCUCUCCCGGCCCGGGCUCGCCGGCAUCGCGCCGAAGAGCCAGAGGAGGAAGAGGAGGUGGUGGAGGCGGAGGAGGAGACCUGGGCCCGCAGCAGGGCGUUGGGCCCUCUGGCUUCACUGCACCCGCGCCCAGGCGAGGGGCCAGGGCACUCUGCGCCUGCUGCGGGGACCCAAGCAAGGUCCACCGCCACGCAGGAAGAGAAUGGGCUAUUGGUUGGAGGGACCCGGCCUGAAGCGGGCCGGGGAGCCACAGGAAAGGAUUGCCCCUUCUGUGGAAAAUCUUUCCGCUCUGCGCAUCACCUUAAAGUGCACCUGCGAGUGCACACAGGCGAGCGCCCCUACAAGUGUCCGCACUGCGACUACGCGGGCACCCAGUCCGGCUCGCUCAAGUAUCACCUGCAGCGCCACCACCGAGAGCAGAGGAGCGGGGCGGGCCCCGGACCACCCCCGGAGCCGCCACCCCCUUCCCAGCGGGGUUCGGCACAGCAGGCACAGCAGUCGGGAGCCAAGCCGGCUCCGCAGCCUGCGACCUGGGUGGAGGGCGCGGCGAACCCCCGGCCUCCUUCGAGCGCGGCGCCGGGGUCCCGUCGGAAGCCCGCCAGUCCCGGGAGGACCCUGCGCAACGGGCGAGGCGGUGAGGCCGAACCCCUGGACCUGUCCCUGCGGGCGGGGCCGGGAGGCGAGGCUGGGCCGGGGGGUGCCCUCCACCGAUGCCUCUUCUGCCCCUUCGCCACUGGAGCCCCUGAGCUCAUGGCCUUGCACCUGCAAGUGCACCACAGCCGCAGGGCUCGGGGCCGCAGGCCGCCCCAGGCCGACGCGUCUCCGCCCUACGCCCCUGCACAAUCGGGAGAGACCCCUCCCAGCCCUCCGCAGGAAGGGGAGGAGGGCCCCGGGCUGUCGAGAUCGGGAGAGGCGGGGCUGGGGGGACAAGAACGGUAGGGAGCCCUCUUAGGGGCGGUUAGCUUAGUGAGCUCACCCCGCGGGAGCGGGGGAGCGCUAGAGGUAGUUGGGUAGAGCAGCCAGCAGGGGGCAGCGUGGGACCCAUAUCCCAGCCCCAGGCGGACCAGAGGUGGAGGGGGGUGGAGGGC